AUGACGCGCUCGAGCACCCAGCAGCAGUCGAGAAGCCAUGCAGGACACUCUCACCACGGCCAUGGUCACGUACACGACACCUCCUACCUGACUUCUCAGAACAAGAACGAUGCUGGAGUCAGGAUCACGAGGAUUGGGCUCUUCGUCAACCUGGGGAUGGCCAUUGGGAAAGGCAUAGGAGGCAUCGUCUUCCACUCGCAAGCACUUAUUGCAGAUGGCUUCCACGCCCUCACCGACCUGGUCUCUGACUUCAUGACUCUCGCUACCAUCUCGUGGUCUCUGAAACCCGCAACGACUCGAUUUCCUAGUGGAUAUGGCAAGAUCGAGAGUUUGGGUGCCUUGGGGGUCAGCGGGCUGUUACUCUUUGGAGGGGUUGGCAUUGGGCUGAACGGGUUGGAUGCCCUUUAUACACAGUUCCUUCUCGAUCCUGCAGCUGUCGUGCAUGCGCAUGAGCAUGCCGAACAUGGCGGUGGGGGGCUGUUUUCAUUUUUGGGACACAGCCAUAGUCAUGGACCUGCCUUACCAGAUCUGAACGCUGCUUGGCUUGCGGCAGCCUCUAUUGUGGUGAAGGAAUGGUUAUAUCGAGCCACUAUGAAGAUUGCCCGAGAACGCAAAUCCUCCGUUUUAGCCUCCAAUGCGGUCCACCACCGCAUCGACUCCUUGACCAGCAUUGUGGCUCUUGCCACAAUUGGGGGCGCACAUCUAUUUUCAGACGCUUCCUGGCUAGAUCCUGUAGGAGGACUAAUCAUUUCCGCCAUGGUUAUAAGAGCAGGCUGGAACAACACAAAAACCGCUCUUCUCGAGCUCGCAGAUGUCACGGUGGACGACGAGAUCAAGGCCCUGGUCCGUAGAGCCGCGUCCAGAGUUUUGAAAGGUGAUGCAGCAAAGGGCAUUGAGGCUGUGGAGUUCGGCAGAGACACAGAGAUCAGAGACAUCCAGGGGGUCAAAUCUGGCCAAAACUACUUGAUCGAUAUUGAGCUCGGCGUGCCCAAGAACUUUACACUAGAGCAGAUGGAGAACAUUGAAGAAGCAGUGCGGCAGAGGUGUGGUGCAAAGGUCCGCGGUGUCAGACGAGUCCGUGUCAAGUUUGUCCAGCUUGAAGAUACAGGGACCACGCUCGCAGGCGAUUUCAUUGCGACGGAUGUUAGUCCAAGAAGCAGUCCAGAGCCGGAAGACGAGCGCGACGAGCAUGAGCACCACCACCAUGAAGAACAAGGACGCGGACAUGGCCAUCCACAUGGGCACGUAAACGGCCACGCGACAACCUCGAGCAAAAGAAAGAAGGAUUCCUGA